AUGGGUCUGCUUAAUUUGACCUCUUCAGCCAAAGACGCUAUUCUUGGACAAGUGCAGCACCCGAAGAGCUACCAACGUAUCCAAGAAAUCGAAGCGCCCAAGCCAAAACCACAAGAGCUCCCAGAAGCACCAAAAGAGGUGCCGACAUUCGUCAAGCAACUGGGUCCAGCUAUUCAGUGCAACGAAGGAGACAACAUUUAUCUCGAAGCUCAGGUUGCACCGGCCGACGACAACACUCUCACGUACGAAUGGCUAGUAAACGGACGUCCGCUAAUGAAAGCACAUCGUUUCGUCCUAUCACAAGAUUUUGGCUACAUCGCUCUGAAUAUUCUCUAUUGUUACCCAGAAGACAGCGGAACUUACACUCUAGUCGUCAGAAAUGCCGCAGGAGAAGCACAAUCCACGGUCGAUAUUGAUUGCCGAAUCGAUCCAGCCAAC